AUUUGCCACUCCAGAGGGAACAGGUCCAGUUGCCAUCAGGAUGACUGGAAUGGGCAAAGGAAUGAUGUGGAUCAAUGGUAAUAGCAUUGGUCGCCACUGGAUGAGUUUCCUCUCCCCACUUGGAAAGCCCACACAAUCAGAGUUCCACAUCCCAAGAUCUUUUCUCAACCCACAAGACAACUUGCUUGUUAUAUUUGAGGAGGAAUCAUUGGCUCCAUUACAAGUUGAGAUCAUGAAUGUGAAUAGAGACACAAUUUGCAGUUUCAUUGCAGAGAACGACCCUGCCAAUGUGAAUUCCUGGGUGUCCAGAAGAGGAAAUUUUCAUCCUAGUGUGUCAUACAUUGGACCCCAGGCCUCACUAAUGUGUGCACCUGGGAAAAAGAUUAUGACUGUUGAGUUUGCCAGUUUUGGCAAUCCAAGUGGUUAUUGUGGAGAUUAUACUUUAGGAACUUGUAAUGCUGCUGCUACCAAACAAAUCGUGGAGCAAGAAUGCUUAGGAAAAGAAACUUGCUCAAUUGCAUUAAAUCGUGCCGUGUUCAACCAAAAUGGUGCGGAUCCAUGCCCAGAAAUAUUGGUUAAAACUCUUGCAAUCCAAGUGAGGUGUUCUUAGAUCAAUCAUAAAUGAAUCCAAAAUGGCUGGUUUGAUUUUGUCAAAUAGAACCCAG